GCAUUGUAGAAUCACUAACAAAACUAUAUAGAAUCCCCAACUUGAUGUUAAUCUGUAUGUUUCUCAAUGCAAUCAAAAAAGGGGUUCUAAAUGAAUCGUAAAGUUUUCAUUUUGACAAAUCAAAUAUUAGCAGUAGUAGUAGCGUUGAAAAUCACUUCAGGAGUUUCGCGGGUACGACGAACUACGCUUACUUUGGUUCAACGUUGCGGUAAUGGAUGUACUGUGUUUGAAUCAUCCUGCGAUUACUCCCAAAGGCAUCGGCAUUUCUGAGAAUUGUGGUUUCCUUAGACCCAAAUCGCCGCCGCAUUCCUGCUGUCCGGCGGCCUUGAAGAGUUCAAAUACAGAAUCGACACCGUCGCUACGGAAAUUCCAGAAUCGCAUGUUUAUUUUAGGCAUAGGGUUCGUCGGCCAGUUCUUCGCGCAAGAGCUAAAGAACCAAGGAUGGGCUGUUUCUGGGACUUGCAGAAACCCUGGGAAGAAGAUGGAACUGGAGGGAAGGGGUUUUGAUGUUUAUGUUUUUGAUGCAAAUGAUCCAGAGCAGAGCACUUUAAGAGCAAUGCAGCAUCACACUCACCUUCUUGUUUCCAUUCCACCAGAUGUCGCUGUUGGUGAUCCUCUGCUCCAGCAUGAAGAACUUUUAAGGGCUACUUUACAGGAUGGCGACCUUCRAUGGCUUUGCUAUUUGUCAUCGACAAGUGUUUAUGGAGAUUAUGGUGGUGCUUGGGUAGAUGAAGAUAACCCGGCUAACCCCUCAAGUCAGUCGGGCAAGUCGAGGAUCGAAGCAGAGGAGAGAUGGUUAAAUUUGGGUAGUGAUCUUGGCCUCUCAGCUCAAGUAUUUCGGCUCGGAGGUAUCUAUGGUCCUGGUAGAAGUGCUAUUGAUACAAUAAUCAAGAAGAGGUCCUUAUCCGAGCUCCAACAACGUAGAACACGCAGACGAUACACAUCCAGAGUUCAUGUUUAUGACAUCUGCCAAGCUCUUAACGCCAGCAUUCAAAACCCUUCUUCCAGGAGAGUAUACAACAUAGUUGACGACGAUCCAGCCCCAAGGGAAGAAGUAUUCUCAUACGCUCGGGACUUGGUCGAGAAAAAGUGGCCGAGUAAAAUUGAAGGGUUGCGGAAGCAGGUGGAGGCAAAUGUUGUUAGCAAUGGGAGUGGAAGGGGUGAUAAAAGAGUGUGUAAUGUGCGUAUGAAAAGGGAGCUGGGAGUGAGUCUCGAGUAUCCCAGUUAUAAAUCUGGAUUGAAAAGCAUUAUUGAUCAAAUGGAAGAUGAAUAGAGACACCUCCAAAAUUUGUGGACCAUGAAUUAAUUCUCUUCUUGUUUCUAUGUUUGCUUAA